AUGAUAGCACCGUCAAGAAAUGCGUUUCAACCUAGCCAGAGGAAGGUCUCGGUUCUUGUACUGCAUCUCUUCAUCCUAUCAGGCCGGCCAUUGAUUCCAUCUGUGACUGCCAUUCCAACUCUUUCCUUCAAGAAUACAGAUGAUAUUGGAACGCGGAAGACAUUCGACACAGUGAACGACCCUUUUAAACCUCUGACGUCCUUGGUCAAACCUCACACAACGCUGCAUCGAAUAUUGAAUGAAGACAAUGACGACAACUCUGCAUCCGUUGUCCUUGUUGACUCCAAUGGAGAAGAAUAUGAGCCAUACGCAAUGGCAUGGCGUUACCUUGGCAUGUAUACGGAUUGCGAUGUGCAAGACUCCAACGCGUACUAUGGAUGGACCGACAACAGUAAAGGCGGCGAUGACGAUUCCUGGGACGAUGAUAUGGACAUUGAAGACAUGGCCAACUGGUAUCGAAGAAGACGGCAUCUCAGCGGUUCACAGGACUCUGGUGACGACUGUACACGCAAAGUUCUGUGGGCUGCGUACGUAGACCCUCGUUACAAGGGUGGUUCAAUUGGAGAAUACCAGUUCUUCAACUUCUCCAGUGGCGACUACAGUCGCGAAUUUUGCAAGACACGUCGUUGUGUACGAAUGGAUUGCCACGAGCCCAAUACUCACUUCAAGCUUGUUGGUGUCUACAAGGAAGCAGAUGGGUUUGUAGAUUGGGCGGAGCAAUUGUUCAAGCAUCAAGGGUACUGUCUUUGGUCGGAAAACGACUACGAGUGGAUGGAAAGCUACCGAGAGUUCUGGCCGACCUACUGCCGACAGUUGUACUACUCUGGCUACAAUGGUGAAACCCUUUACAUGGAUCUGAGGCCUCAGGCAGAGGGGGAUAUCACAAUUGGCAUCUUCGAGGACGAACUUUGCGUUACAAACUCGUCUUACACCUUUGCGGAUUACAUCCAGAUGUACUACAACUAUUAUGGUUACUACGACAAGGGAUAUGAGGUUUCACAGACAUGGCAAUACGCCAUUAACACGUGGAAUUCAUACAUGGAUGUUUACAAAGUUUGCCAGCCUUGCCGUGCCUACAAUCUGAACGUGAAUUUCUGGAGUGACGGGGAUGAUGAUGACUCCAAAAGCGGAAGUGGAAGCGGCGACGGUCGCCGCUUCUUAGAUGAAAACGAUGGUGAAGGGGACGCGGAGCAAUGGGGAUAUGACUGCUACGACGAUGCAGGUUAUACAAAUUGCAAUCAGUGUUACAAGUUUGAGGCAAAGACGGACAUGGAGGUUGCUACUGCCAAGGAUCUGGAACGAGCCUCGAAGCAGGGCACCAUAUUAGAGAUCCGCGUCAAUGGCACAACCUAUGGUCACGGUGGCUUCCGUGGGCCGCUCAAGAUUACAACCCCCGAAGUGUGGAUGAAGAUAUUUGCUGCCUCAGCUUCCCUCGCUGUGGCAAUGUCAUUUCUCUAUCUAUACUACGCUACACCAUACCGCCAUUCGGCGGCUAGAUGGCUUGGAACUGCACUCUAUUGGGUCAAAGAUAAAUGGUCCAAUUGGAGGCAAAAGAGAAAGCAUGCCGGAGACAAUUAUCAUCUUGAAGAUGGCGUGCCACAGAAACCAGAACGCUACGUACCCCCCUCCGAAAGCAACAAGGACCAGUCCGGGCAGGAUUCUGCUCUGGAUGAAAGCAUCAACACCUUUGCAACUGCCCCAAUGGACAAGGGCGAUGAUGGUUCUCGCUAUGCAGAUAGUUUACAGACCACGACAACUGCGACCGAAGAGCCGAGUCCAGAUCGAAGCAGCUCUUCAGGGCAACGCUUGCCACCAGUUGACAUGUUGGAUGACACCCACAGUAGUUCCACCGGUGCUUCUUCUGGCGUUCCUUUUUCAGUUGACUCAAUGAAACAGUCAUUCGAGACUAUUCUGGACGUCAGCCGGAAUGUUCGAGACUCUCUUUCCAAUGACAUCGGUCGCUCGGCUGAUGUUCUACUGGCGCUAGGUACAAGCCUGGAAGGUACACAAGGCAAUCUCGGUGGUGCACCGGUAUCAUGUGGUGACAGUGACCAGGAGACGGCGCCAACUGCAACCGUAGUCACGUUUCCCGACCCCGGCGAAGAUCGUGCACCCAUCAAUGAAGACGACCGGCAUAACAUCGAUAGUAUCAUGGACGCGAUCGACAAGCAAUUCGAUGCCACGUAUGCUCUGGCACAAGAUAUUUUGGACUCACUUGACGAGCUACCGAAUGAAGGUCAUGAAGAUGUCAAAGAUACAGUGGAGGAGAAACCAUCUACACCCGGCACGGAGUUGAAGGCAACGUUAUGCGCAAUUGUCGAUGUUGAAAUUGUUGACGCAACAAGCUACGAGGCAAAGGACGAGCAGGUUUGCGGUCAAGAAGAAGCAACGUCUGAGGAGGAAAAUGAAACGACGGCGAAACCGGAUGAAUCUUGCUCACACGAAACCGAGGUUUCUGACGGCAAUGACGCUAGUAGAGGCAUCGCAGGUGCUUUGGAUGAUGGCGACAAUGAGACUCAUGCCUCUACGCAUAGCGACAGCAACGUGGAGCAAGUGCAGGACGAAAACUCAGAACCAAACGAUGGAAACGAUGCUUCUUUAGCCUUCAGUGGCGAUGGCGAGAACAGAGAAGAUAGCGUCGAAAUUGACACCCAAAAUGAAUCUGCAGUAGAGCCAAGCGACGAAAAGCUGUCAUCUUUGGAAGGUGGCACUGAUGACAACCAAGAAACACAGGCGGACUCCAUUGAGAUGGGCAACCAGCUUGAGUCAGAGUCUGAACCAGAGUCUAAGGACCUGAAUGAAGCGUCUUUGCAGAGCGAUGGUGUUAUCAACCCAGACCACGAAGAGCGGGUUGACUCUACUAUGGAGAUUGAGAGCCAAAAAGAGAGCGAAUCUGAAUCAGAGACAAAGGAUGAACAGGUGUCGUCUAGUGCGGACGAUGACAGUGACCGCAGUAACCCAGCUCCACCCCCCGCAAGCCAGGUGGAGACCAUGGAGCUUCCUAGCGACAGCCAGAGUGACACUGAUUCAUCUGUGAAUAAUGUCAUAAACGACGAAUCGACCCCGGGAGCAUGCACAGGUGAAAACGUUGACGUUGCUAGCGAGAAUGAAACCAUGGACACGGCAAAGGAAGCUGCUCGGGUGAACAGAGAUGACCCAGAUCCCCCAGAACAGGAAGACGCGACAAACAUUGCCAAUGAUUGCCAAAGUGAUCCUGAUUCGAAGCAAAUGAUUGGAAAGGAAUCUUCGAUUGAAGGCGACGACGUCGGCGAUCCAGCUCCCCAAAGCACGUCUAAAGAAGGCAACCUCAGUCAAGAAGAAGAAGAGGGAGGCGUAGAAGUGGAGCAUGGGCAGGACCUCGGCGAUUCAGCUCCCCCCGUGGUGGAAGAAAGCCCUUCUAACGAAGGCAACCUCACUCUAGGAGCGGAGGAAGAAGAUGAUGAAGGCGUAGAAGUGCGGCAUGGCCUGGAUGGGGCAGUCAUUUUUCAGAAAGAUGACGACAGCGCUUAUGAGAGUGCCGUAGCUGAGGAAAUCAGCAGUGUCGGAUCUUCCGAAUCUAAAUAA